AUGGACUCUGCGCUUCACCGCAUUGUGAUCGUCGCUGGACUUUUCAGCGUUUUCUUGACGCUUCGCGCUUUGUAUCGAUUGCUGGUGCAUCCACUGGCGCGCUUCCCUGGUCCCAAGUAUGCGGCCAUCUCUCGAAGCUGGCAAGGGAGCGUGGUGCUGGCCGGUGCUCCAGAACAAGAGUACGAGCGACUGCACAAGCGAUACGACAGUCAAGCCCUUCGGAUCGGCCCCAAUGAACUGCAUAUCAGCGACGUGAAGCUUUACAAGACGAUAUACAGCCAGACCAACCCUUUCCCCAAGCAUGACUACUUUUACGAAUGUUUCAACACCCCACACACGUUGUUCGUGGAGACCGAUGUAUUAUUACACAAAGAGCGACGAAAGACGUUGAAUCCAUUGUUCUCGCGCACCGGCGUGGAGCAAUUCCAACCGGUAAUGGCUGAGAAGUUACAUCAAGUUGGGACAAAAGUUCGAAGGAUCAGUGAAAAUGGUCCGAUUGAAGUGAACAACAUGAUAAGAUCAAUGACGGUGGACAUCAUAUCGCAAUUGGCAUUCGGCAGUUCACUAGGUCUCAUUGGGGAAUCCAAGGAUUCGUUCGAGGCUGCGUUCCUGCAAGCGUUCGAUGUUGCCGGCGCCGCGAUCUACGGCAUGUAUUACAACCCACUACAAAAGUUCGCCUCCAGUCUGGUACCGCUGGACGUGCUUGGAAAGUUGGACACUGGUCUAGGAGAAUUAGCCAGGCUGCAAAGAUACGCCAAGGAUUCACACGCCCGGUUCAUUCGACGCAACGAUGAGGAAAAGCAAUCAUCGCCGCACCCAAUCAUAUUCGAUCGCUUGAUGGGCGUUCCAAUUGACCAACAAGUCACAGAGAGCAUAGAUAUCCUUGUUGCUGGCUCUGACACGACUGCCUUCACAUUGACCGUCUGCUUGAACGCUGUGCUCUCCAAUGCACAUCUGAAGCAGAAGGUGGUCGCUGCGGCCGAUGAGGCUAUGCCCGAUCUUCACAAGCUCCCUUCAUUCAUUGAGCUUGAGAAGAAUGCAUAUCUCUUCGCUGUAGUGAAAGAGUCCUUACGCUUUGCUAUGGCUGUCCCAGGAAUGCUUCCAAGGGUGGUUCCGGAACGCAGUCAGCCAUUCAUGGUCGAUGGCAAGGUCGUUCCUCCAGGCACGGUUGUCGGCAUGUCAGUCUAUACUAUGAAUUUCUCCGAGGAGCUCUGGGGCCCCGACGCGAAGGAAUUCAAGCCUGAACGAUGGCUUGGAGAGCAGGCGAAGACUUUGGACUCUGGGCUCGCCACGUUCAGUAAGGGGUCCAGGCAAUGUAUUGGGAUCAAUGUCGCUCAUGCUGAAGUCACACUCGCCAUCACUUACCUUUUCCGCAAUUUCGAUAUGGAGUUGGUCACGCCGAACAUGAAAAUUCGGGAUGUGUUUACAUACCAGGUUCUGUCACCUGGUCUACAAGUUCGGUUUACAGAUAGAACUUGAUUCCGAGUAUGGAACAAGUAGAGCAACCAGCAAAACAUGAUGGGCUCUUGCAAUGACAUCCCGUCAUUGGCUUCAAGAUCUGUUUUGCUAUAUGUUGCAGGAGGCGACUUGGAGUAAGGAUCAGCUCUUGCGUCGAAGCGAUGCCUCAGCGGGCGGGUGAUCAUGUGCCGUUCAGAACAGUGAUUGCCAAUGUCGCCAAAAGUUGGCAGGAUUCGCCCCCCUGCAGGUUCAGUUUGCCAAAAAUUCCCAGCCGAU